AUGGCUUCCUUAGCACGAGCUCUCGCCGCUGUAUCUCUGGCCGUAUCAAUUGGAUCGGCCGACGCUUACACGGCGAACAACUGCAAGAACCUGCCCGGUGACGCAGGCUGGCCCAGUCCUUCUGCCUGGUCCAAGCUAAAUGCGACGCUCAAAGGCCAGCUAAUCGCCACCGUGCCUCAAGCACAUGUGUGCCACACACUACCCAGCAACAGCUUCAAUGCAAAUGCAUGUGACGAGCUGCAGUCGACUUGGACCCAGGCAGAAACCUACGUUCCGAAGCCUGCCGAGAUCCUCAACGCCUAUUUCCAAAACCAGUCCUGCGACCCCUUCACUCCAAUCAGCAGAUCCUGCGAACUUGGAAACUAUGCCUCCUACUCUAUCAACGUGACGACUGCUCAGCACGUCGCUGCCGGCUUUGACUUUGCGCGCCAAAACAAUGUCCGCCUGGUGGUCAAGACGACCGGCCAUGACUUCAUGGGCAAGUCCACCGGCAAGGGCGCCCUCUCUCUGUGGAUGGCCAACCUCAAGGAGAAGACCAUCAUCCGCUCGUACUCCAACCCCAACUCGACCUACAAGGGACCUGCCAUCAAACUCGGUUCAGGCGUGAUUGCCGGCGAGGCUGAUGAGUUCGUCGGCGCAAAUGGCUACCGUGUCGUCACGGGCGAGUGCGCCAGCACCGGCCCUGUUGGCGGAUACACUCAGGGUGGCGGCCACUCGCUGCUCGGCGGUGCCUACGGCAUGGCAGCCGACAAUGUUCUCGAAUGGGAGGUCGUUACACCUCAGGGUGACCAUGUUAUUGCCACUCCAUCGAGCAAUUCCGACCUGUACUGGGCCAUCAGCGGCGGUGGUGGCGGCACCUACGGUGUUGUCCUGAGCAUGACAACCAAGAUCUACCCUGACGGAAAGGUUGCGACCGGUUCUCUGUCGUUUACUUUGGCUGGAUCUGGGUCGGCUGGCAAUGAUGAGACAGCUUUUUGGCAGGGUGUUAACCUCUGGUUCCAGUCUGUUCCCGGAUUUUUGGGCCUCAAACAAGGCACCGUUGGCUCAGAGAACGCGACGAUGCUUAGCCAAAUCACCAACAGCUCGUUUGCCCUCCUGGGCAUCACUUUCCCCGACCAGACCGUUACGCAGCUCCAGAAUACCUUGGAACCGUAUCUCAACGGCCUCAAGGCCCUCAACAUCAACUACACGUUUUCUACGACACAACAGCCGUCGUACGUCCAGUCCUUCAACCAAACCAGAGGUUUGGGCCCUCUUCCAUGGGGCGUCAUCCCUACGACCGAGGUGUGGGCUAGCCGCCUCGUCCCCGUGUCCUUCGUGGAGAACACCACGGCCGUCGCCAGCCUCGUGGACGUUUACCGUUCCGCCGUCCAAGACAACGCUUUCUCCGUCGGCUGCAACGUGCUGGGUGGUUUCAACGCGCCCGCUCACCCUGAUAACUCCGUCUUCCCCGGCUGGCGUGACCUCGCCGUCAUUUGCAACGUCUUGCACCAGUGGGAUUUUACGGCGCCUCUCGACACGAACCUUAGCUUCAAGCGCCGGCUCGUUUCGGAAGUCCAGCCGGCCGUCGAGGCUGUCACUCCUGGCACUGGUGUCUACUUGAACGAGAUGGAUCCCUGGUACGAGGGCGACUUCAAGACCGAGAUGUACGGUGUCAACUACGAUAAGCUGCUCAGCAUCAAGCACAAGUACGACCCCGAUUCUUUGUUGUGGGGUCUCUUUGCCGUUGGCGGUGAUGAGUCUACCUUGGACGCAAAUGGAAGACUCUGCCGAGUCUGA